AUGGUAUUUCUAAAAUCAACUAUGGCCCUCUUCUUUUCAUUAUCAAUAUUCACAUUUUCAUUCUCUCUAACAAUCCUCUUAUUGUUAAACUCAACAACACCCCAAACACAAUCUCCAACAAAACCAUGUAACGAUGAUCCUUACAAACAACUCAACCUUAUCCUUAAUCCAAACGGCACAGUCAUUCGACCAAGCAAACCAAACACAAACACCCCUCCAUCAUUAGAUCCUACUCUCCCAAUUCUUUCCAAAGAUCUCAUCAUCAACAAAUCCAAGCCCACGUGGGCUCGGAUCUACCUUCCCCGCAAAGCACUGGAUCACACCUCCAACAAACUUCCACUUAUAAUUUUUUUCCAUGGCGGUGGAUUCAUUUUUCUUAGUGCAGCUUCAACAAUUUUUCACGAUUUUUGUUUCAACAUGGCAAAGAACCUCGUAGCGGUUGUCGUGUCGGUAGAGUAUCGUCUCGCACCGGAACAUAGACUCCCUGCUGCAUAUGAAGAUGCGGUAGAGGCGCUGCAUUGGAUCAAAACUAACCAAUCAGAUGAUUGGUUAAACAACCAUGUUGAUUAUUCUAAUGUUUUUCUUAUGGGUAGUAGUGCAGGUGGAAACAUAGCAUACAAUACGGGUCUACGUGUAGCAAUGGUAGGAGAUGAAGCUUCUAAGAUGAUCAAAGGGCUUAUAUUGAUUCAACCAUUUUUCAGUGGGACCCACAGGACACGUUCGGAAAUUAAGCUUGCUAAUGAUUCUCAUUUGCUAUUGUGUAAUAAUGAUAUGUUAUGGGAAUUAUCUUUACCGGUUGGAGUUGAUCGUGAUCAUGAGUAUUGUAAUCCAAUGGUGAGAGAUAAUGUUGUGAGAUUGAAAAAGAUUAGAGAGUUUGAGUGGUGGGUGAUGGUGACCGAUUGUGACGGUGACCCCCUUGUGGACCGUUCGAUUGAGUUAGUGAGAUUAUUGGAGAAAAAUGGAGUUAAUGUUGUGGGACAUUUUACGAAAGGAGGUUAUCAUGGUGUUCAAGAUAGUGAGCCUUUGAAAGCAAAGGAACUUUUUGGAGAGAUUAAAAAGUUUAUUUCAUCUUUGCCUAAUCACAUUAUGGAAUGA